UGGUACUGGUGCUAGCGUCGGUGCUGCUGGUGGUGCUCGUGCUGGUGUUGAGAAUGGUGUAGCGCGGGUGUGUGCGCGCGCGGUGCUGCCUCCACGGCAUACAGUGCGGACGGUGGUUUUCGACUCGAAGCUGCGGAAGAAAGGCCGCGAGCUCGGCCGUGCUCCGAUGGCCUGAUAUACACUACGAGACCGCGUAUAUGAAGCUACACUGCCCUGACUCGUCGAUGGGCGUGCGGGGGUGACUGGAGUGAUGGGAUGGGGCUAGAGCCCCAUGGAGUUCGGGUAGACCCGUCUCCGGCCCAACUCCCCAGCCCCCUCCGCCAUCGAUAUCGCCACAGCUCCUGCCAGCGUCGCAGAGGGCCGCCUCGAUCGCGAUGGAGGCCUCUAAUAAUCAACAACAGAGGAAGGAGCCACGCGUUCACAGGCCUUGCGCCUUCGACAAGAUGGAGGGGCUGGUGCGGGAGAUGCAAGACCCUGAGAACGGGGUACCCGUGCGCAGCCAAAAACAAUUUCUCACCUCAAUUCCCUCAGCUUUCAUGGGUGAGUGCCAUCGGUACCUGCGUUGUGGAGUAAGCGUAAGCGGCCAUCACGGCCAGGACACUACAGUAGGCUGCCUGCGUGUUGCAGGUUACGAUCUCAUCGAGUGGCUGAUGGAGCGGCUUUCCAUCGAGGAAUCAGGUACGAGAUUCGCAUAAGGCCCAAUUCUCGUUUACCCCACUUUUCCGCAAUGCCUUGUCGACACACUCGUAUUCGCCUGACAGACCCCCCUCUGAUCUCCCUUGUCCUUGC